AUGACUAUCGACGCAGAAAAGGCCGCUCCCACCGGCGUCGACGUCCCGGUCGUCGACGGGAGAAAGAACUCUCUGCGAGCCGGGAGCAUCGACGACAUCACGGUGCUGGACAAGCUGGGCUACAAGCCCGAACUGAAUCGCAACCGAUCCAUGGCGACGCUGUUGUUUCAGUCCUUGGCCAUCGCCGCCAUCCCCUACGGCGAGGGUGGUCCCCUGAUUUCCGCCAUCUACGGUGGAGGCCCGCUCGCCAUGUUCGUCGGCUGGAUCUGUGUGCUCGUCCUGGACGAAUGCGUUGCUCUCUCCCUGAGUGAGCUGGCUUCGAGAUAUCCGACCUCAGCGGGACCAUACUAUUGGUCCUUCCAACUGGCCUCCAAGGGCAAGACCACUUUGUCGUUCAUCACCGGGUGGACGUGGCUUAUAGGCAACUGGACAAUCACCCUUUCGGUCAAUUUCGGAUUCGCGUCGCUUAUCGUUGCGACGGUUGCCAUGUAUCACCCCGACUGGGUUGCGAAGGACUGGCAGUUGCUCUUGAUCUUCUACGCCAUCUGCUUGAUGACGCUGGUCAUCUGCACCUUCGCAAACCGGUUCCUGCCCAUGGUCGACACGAUCUGUGCGGGCUGGACGGCCCUGAGCAUCAUUAUCAUCCUCAUCGCGCUCUCGGUCAAGGCAGACGUCGGGAGACACAGCGCAGGCUACGCGCUCGGCCACUACGACAAGUCGUUCUCAGGGUGGGGAGGCUUCACGUUCUUCAUCGGUCUGCUCCCCGCGGCAUACACAUUCUCGGCCAUUGGCAUGAUUUCAGCCAUGGCUGAAGAGUGCUCCAAUCCCACCGUCAAAGUGCCGACCGCCAUCAGUCUCUGUGUGCCUGUGGGUGGCUUUGCGGGCUUGUUCUUCAUCUUGCCGAUCUGCUUCACCCUCCCUCCCCUGGAAGAGGUCAUCAACGCGCCGUACGGUCAGGCGCUCCCCUUUAUCUUUCACACGGUUAUGGGAACACCUGGAGGUGGGCUGGGCCUCAUCUUCCUCGUCUUGAUGAUCACGUUGUUCUGCAGCAUCAGCAUCACCGUGGCCGCAUCGCGGUGUACGUGGGCGUUCGCUCGGGAUGACGCCAUCCCACUGUCUCGCCUCUGGUCCAAAGUCAAUGGCAAACUCGGAGUGCCGGUAUAUGCACUGCUGCUCACGACCGUGGUGCAAAUGCUGCUCGGACUGAUCUACCUUGGGUCAUCGUCGGCUUUCCUGGCGUUCGUGUCAGUCGGUGUUAUUGGGCUGGCCGUGUCGUAUGCGAUCCCCAUUUCAAUUAGCGUUCUGCAUCGACGCAAAGAAGUUUCGACGGCGCGUUGGAACUGUGGUCGGAUCAUCGGCCCCAUCGCCAACACGGUGGCUCUGUGCUGGAUCGGGUUUGAGGUGGUGCUGUUCAGUAUGCCCACGGCCUUGCCGGUCACGGUGGUGACGAUGAACUACGCCAGCGUCGUGUUUGUCGGGUUCAUGUUCAUCUCGGCUGUGUGGUACUUUGUCUACGCUCGGAAAGCGUACAAGGGACCCCCGGCGUCCGACGGUAUCACUGUUGAGUGA